GUGGCCGUGGGCCGCCUCCGCCGCGCUAUAAAGUGCGGUAGCGGGGGUUCGGCGCAGCGGGUGUGCAGUCGGUGAGGGGAUUUCUCGCUGCCGCCAUGGGGAACACUGUGGCCAGGGAGGAUUUCGAGUGGGUCUACACGGACCAGCCGCACGCCGACCGCCGCAAGGAGAUCCUGGCUAAACAUCCAGAGAUCAAAGCAUUGAUGAAGCCAGACUACAACCUGAUCUGGGUGGUUGUGCUGAUGGUUCUGGCACAGCUGACUGCAUUUUACCUGGUUAAAGACUUGGAUUGGAAGUGGGUGGUCUUCUGGGCUUACGUUUUUGGAAGUUGUAUUAGUCACUCCAUGACUCUGGCUAUUCACGAGAUCUCCCACAACAGUGCCUUUGGCAACUGCAAAGCCAUGUGGAAUCGAUGGUUUGGAAUAUUUGCCAACCUCCCUCUUGGUCUCCCCUACUCCAUCUCCUUCAAGAGGUACCACAUGGAUCACCAUCGUUACCUCGGCGGUGACGGCAUCGAUGUGGACAUUCCUACCAACUUCGAGGGCUGGUUUUUCUGCACCCGUUUUAGGAAGUUCAUAUGGAUUGUUCUUCAGCCUUUUUUCUAUGCCAUUAGACCUCUCUGCAUCAAUCCUAAACCUAUUAGUCGACUUGAAAUAAUCAAUUUAUUGGCUCAGCUCGCCUUUGAUGUGGCAAUAUAUUAUUUAUGGGGAGUCAAAUCCAUUUUUUACAUGCUUGCUGGUUCAGUACUUGGUCUUGGGUUGCACCCAAUUUCAGGACACUUCAUAGCUGAGCAUUACAUGUUUUUAAAAGGACAUGAGACCUACUCCUACUAUGGGCCACUUAAUUUGCUCACUUUUAAUGUUGGCUAUCACAAUGAACAUCAUGACUUUCCCAAUAUUCCUGGCAAGAGCCUUCCACUGGUGAAGAAAAUAGCAGCUGAAUACUAUGACAACCUGCCCCAAUAUAACUCUUGGAUAAAAGUACUGUAUGACUUCGUGAUGGAUGACACAAUCAGCCCAUAUUCGCGCAUGAAAAGGCAAUUAAAGGGCGAAGUGAAGCAAGAUUGAACUUCUGGCAACCAAAAAACUUUGAAAUGUCUGCUUGCUUUAAAGUGGCUGGUAUAAAGGUUUCCUGCUAAAGCUGUUCACCUGUGUCCUGAAUUAAGAUGUACAGCAACAUAGCAAUGCAUCCUUAAGGAUUUUGUAGCAGACUCCAACCAGCUAUAACAUUCCUCACAGUCCUCAGAUUUGUUGGUUUAAUGUGCCUCUGUUUGCCUAAGGAUCAGUGUUAUAUGCAUUAAUGCAAAAUCACUUUGUUACAGAAUUUACUUUGGUAGGUGUUAAAUCUAUAUAAAAUGUCUGUCUGACUCAUAACAGUUUAAAAGUUCUCAAUGUAUUGUACUGCCCUCAACAUGCUAUUUAGAGGACUAGUUUUAAAAUGCUGUACUUACCUGUUAAUUCUAAACUAACAUGAUUUGUUAACUUAAACAUUCUGUUGAAAGUGUUUCCAAACUGAUGGUUGGAAGAACUAAAUUUGCACAGAAUUGUUCAGUCUGCUUUUGUUUAAGUAUGUCAUUUAAAGCAAUGCUUUAAAGUUCCACCUUUUCUACUGAGAGUACCUUAAAGGAGCAAUCUUACCAGAAUGAAACUGGUGUCUUUGAGAUGGCUUCUGUGACUUCUUUGUUAAAAAAAAAAAAGGUGGGGAAUUCAAGGGUAUUGCCAACUCCAAGGGUUCCCCCCUACUGCCUGAGCUGCUUCUGUUGGCAUGCAGAGUGAGCAGGUGGCAUUUAGGUAACUUAAUAUACCUGAUGUGGGGUUUCAUGUUGGAAAAAGUCUUGUUAGAGAGUUUGGGGCUUGUCUGAUCUUUGAAGAAAAAUUAUUACCAUGUUACUAUGGCUUCAAAUAUAAAUAUUUACACUUACUUGGAAA